AUGGCCGACGCUUUUGGGAAAAGCAUUGAGUUGAUCAACCUGACGGUGACUAUGUACAUGGUAUUUCAGGGAAUAAGCCCUAUGCUAUGGGGAGGCCUGGCGGACCGCUUUGGACGGCGGCCUCUAUAUCUGACAUGUUUAUCCCUGCUCCUGUUGUCUUGUGUUGGAUUGGCACUGGUCCCGACUGAUGCCUACUGGCUCUUAAUGGUAUUGCGCUGCUUUCAGGCAGCGGGCUCGGCGAGCAUGAUUGCACUCGGUGCUGGAGUAAUAUCCGACAUUGCAACACCUGCAGAACGGGGGGGAUUCUUGGGCCUUUUCACGCUUGGACCGAUGAUUGGUCCAUGUAUUGGGCCGAUUAUAGGAGGCUUGCUAUCCGGAGGACUCGGGUGGAGAUCAAUGUUUUGGUUCCUGGCCAUUGCCACGGGCCUCAUGUUGUUAUUCAUGGCACUUACGUUCCCUGAAACUCUACGUGCAAUCGUUGGCGAUGGGUCAAGACCGCCUCAAAAAUGGAACCAAACGCCUGUACUAAUCCUCGGAAGAAAGGUGUCAAAGAUAGCGGAGGGUACCUACGUGACUUCAACAGUGCCCCGCAAAAGCGCCAAUCCACUUCAUAUAUUUCGAGUGUUCACCCAACCCGAUAUCCUUCUGGUCCUUAUAUGCACUGGCAUCAUUUACUCGUUAUUCUAUUCAGUUACUACUACAACUUCACCUUUGUUUCUGUCAGUAUACCCAUACUUGACUCAAAGCACAGUUGGUUUGUGUUUCAUUGCCUAUGGCGUUGGCGGUGCGGUUGGUUCGGUCGUGAUGGGAAGGUUGCUGGAUUAUGAUUGGAAAAAAAUGGAGGAGAGGGUGACUUCUGGUGCUGCUUCCGCAUCCAAUCAGUCCAAACAUACAGAAAACAAAGCCGAGAAGGGAGUGCAUACAUGCACGACAAAGCCGGACAAACAAGACCUUCCAAUUGAGCACACGAGACUUAAGCGAGUCCCUAUCCUCUUUAUUACAGUAACGGGUGCGAGCAUGGGGUACGGGUGGAGUAUUCAGCAAAAAGCGCAUCUUGCUGUCCCGCUUGUACUUCAGUUUGUUGUUGGCUUUUCAAGCAUGUCAAUCAUGACUAUCAACCAAACCAUUCUUGUGGACAUGUAUCCUGCUCAAGGCUCUUCCAUAACAGCAUCAGCUGGACCUAUGUACUUUUUUGCGGGAUAUGCCUACUAA